AUGUCAUCAUCUUAUUCAGCACUAUCAGAAAUACCAUGUUCCAAGGAACAAGUGGAAAAUUGCAUUUUUUCUAGGUGGUAUCCAAAGUUUAAAAGCUAUGUUCCCAUGACAAGGAUUAUAAAGCCGUUGCCCUCAGAAUUUAUACGGUAUUUGGAGCAGGAUGGUAUCAAACUCCCACCAGUUGAUCAGGAAUUAUCGAUUUAUACUAGUGAUCCCGUUGGAAAUCAAGCAAAUGAUUAUAGCGAUGGAGAAGAUGCUCAAGAGGAAGAACAGCAGGAGGAUGAAAUUAAGCCAUUAAUACAUUUCCCAGAGCUGCAUAACCAGAUCAAGCAAGUUAUUGCAGAACUGGGUCCAGUGACUCCAAAGCUGAAUUGGUCUUCGCCCAGAGAUGCCGUAUGGAUUUUACCCAAUAAUACUACAAAGUGUACCGAGGUUAAUGAAAUAUACCUUCUACUAAAUGCAUCGAACUACAUUGUGCAUGAUUUAGAAAUAGGUCAACAGCAAGGUAAUGAAUUUGAACUAGUGCUUAGGCAAUGGUUUGCACUAAAUCCAGCGUUGGAAUUCCGUGUAUUUGUCAGAGACUCCAAGAUAGUGGGUGCUUCACAAAGGGAUUUGAACUACUACAAGUAUUUGGAAUCCCUGAAAGAUCAAUUCAAGGAUGUAUUUGAUGAAUUCGUGGAGGAAACUGCUAUACCAAACUUUCCAGAUAAAAGUUUCGUCUUGGACUUAUAUGUGCCUCGACCAUUUAACAAAGUCUAUCUUAUCGACAUCAACCCAUUUGCUCGAAAGACCGACCCUCUACUAUUCUCAUGGAAUGAAUUAGCAACUAUUGAGAAUCAAGAUGAUUACGAAUUAAGACUAGUGCCGGAAAAUAAUGUUGGUAGGUUUGCAUCAAAGGAACAUUCUGAGAAUCAAGUACCCAAGGAUGUUGUAGACGCCAGUUUGGACCCUAGAGCCAUUAAAGAACUUACAGAACAAUGGACUCAACUUCUGAGAAGACAACAGGAGGAAAGUGAUUCGGAAUAA